AGAGUAGAGGCGUACGAUCUUCCGGAAUAAUUAUUAGUAGAUAAUAUCUCAAGAUUCUAAGAGGAGUGUAAGUUGGAUUCGAUAGAUUCAUCGUGGCAGUUAGGGGCCGGGAAUUAAUUGUUUCCGUAUAUAUGUAUAUAUAAAAAUUAAGAGAGACCUUCCUACCUCCCACCGCACCAUGGAUUUCGGAGAGUGAAAACCACACGAGUGGAGGGAGAGGGAGAGAGAGAAGCGUCGGACGGUUCUCCAACCCCACCCAUCACCGUCGACGUCGUCGUUUCCGGGGUCUCGCUUCCUCCUCAAUCUCCGAUCGAUCAUAUAUCGUCGGAGAUGAUGGAAACGAUCGCCGGUGGUAAGGCCCUCCCUAUCCCGCGGAGGAGGUUGGCGGAGUGCGGAGACCCGGAGGAGGAUCCUCGCUCGCCUCCGCGGAGACCACCUAAUGGCAAGGCCGGCGGUGGGAGAACGGGUAGUUGGAAGGUAUGGAAGAUGAUGAAUUUGCUCAUGAUGGCGAUCUUCCUAGUCGCUCUGCUCGGGAUCGCCGCGAUUUCGACCUCUCGCCGGAUCGACGACCUCCCGGAGCGCCAGAGCGUGGUCCACCAGAUUGCCGGCGGUGCGAACAUAGCCGAAAGGGUCACGCUGGAGAACCAGACCAGACCGCCCAAGAGAGAAUCUGCUCAUCCGAUUCUUGAUAUCUGGACUAAACCAGAUAGCGAAGAGUACCAUCAAUGCAUCAAGCGCCCCAAGAACUGUUACAGGAGCGCUGAUGGUACAUCAGGCUACUUGUUAUUCCAUCCUAAUGGUGGACUGAAUCAGAUGAGGAUGGGAAUAAGCGAUAUGGUUGCGAUUGCAAAAAUAAUGAAUGCAACACUGGUAAUUCCUUCUCUCGACCAUGAUUCUUUCUGGACAGAUCGAAGCGAAUUCGGAGACAUAUUUGAUGUGAAGCAUUUUAUUGAUACCUUGAGAGAUGAUGUCCUGAUUGUUGAGUCUCUCCCACAAGCGUAUGCAAAAAUGAAGCCCUAUCGGAGAGCACCUGUUUCGUGGUCUAAAGUUUCUUACUAUAAAGCUUUAAGGCCGAUCCUGAUAAAGAAAAAAGUGAUGAAGUUUACGCAUUCAGAUACCAGGCUCGCAAAUAAUCACCUUUCUCCUUCCAUUCAGAAACUCCGGUGCCGUGCAAACUACAAAGCACUUAGAUAUGCAGAAGAAAUUGAGAAACUUGGGAAGUUGAUCGUCGCCAGGCUGAGGAAUGGAAGGGAUCCUUAUAUUGCACUUCAUUUGAGGUACGAGAAGGACAUGCUCUCAUUUACAGGUUGCAGCCACAGCCUGACAUUAGAAGAGGCAGAAGAAUUACGGGUCAUGCGUUAUAAUGUGACGCACUGGAAAGAAAAAGAGAUUAAUAGCAUGCAGAAACGAAUACAAGGGGGUUGCCCAAUGACUCCACGAGAAGCUGCUAUUUUCUUGAAGGCUAUGGGCUAUCCUUCCACCACAAACAUCUACAUUGCUGCAGGACCAGCUUAUGGUGCCAAUAGCUCGGACGCCUUAAAAGCAGAAUACCCAAAUAUUCAUACACAUAGCAGUCUGACAACAAGAGAGGAACUGAAGCCUCUCUCCGAGCAUCGGAACCGGCUUGCUGCUUUGGACUACAUUGUUGCCCUUAAUAGUGAUGUUUUCGUGCAUACUUAUGACGGCAACAUGGCCAAAGCAGUGCAGGGUCAUAGAAAAUUCGAGGGAUUUCUCAAGACCAUCAGUCCUGACAGGCAAAGAUUUGUGAACUUGAUUGAUCAGCUUGAUGAAGGAAAAAUAUCUUGGAAAGAAUUCGAACUUAAGGUGAAAAAGUAUCAUGUCAAUAGACUUGGAGGUCCAGAUGAAAGAAAAGGAGGACCCAAUCCUAGGUCAGAGGAGUUCUUUUAUGCGAACCCUAAUCCUGGGUGCAUGUGCAAAAAACAACAGACGUAGUACAUGCCUGUGGCGCUGACAAUUUUGGAUUUUAGGGAUGACUUUACAGAAUGACACAUAGGUACUUAGAAAUACAGUAUAUAGAUUUUUUGAAAAAAAUAAAUAAAUACAGGAAAUAAAGUUUUUCUAAUGUUGCCAAUUUCAUUUCAACCAGAUCAUGAAUUAUUGCAUUAAGACAAAUAAUGCGGCCUGAUAUCAUUCCAACCUUCUCUUUU